AUCGGUCGGUGACACGUCACUUCCUGUUUAACGAAUCGUAGUCUGGCCCACUGGAGUGAAAACAGCACACGUACCACGCACAUUGGAGUGUGUGUUACGACGGCUUGGUAACGAUAUUUAUUACGCAGUUAGCUUUGACCUUUCGAAAAUUAUAGAUUUGUGGUGAAAUAAAUCUUUUAUACAAUUGUUUUUUAUUGGAAUUAUUUCCAAAAUGUCUUACGAGUAUUCUGACAAGCUAAACCUUGUCGCUCGCGAACGUUAUGGAGCGAAAUUGCAGGCAGCAGGAUUGGAGUCAUGCCCGUACAAAUUGGAAGCAGGUUGCUGGAAAAAUGACCCAACAAAAUGGCCCGAUGUCCAAUACCCGGACAUAUAUUCUUAUCUUGUUGAAACACCAGGAGUCUUCACAAAGGAAGCAAUGAAAAGUUACAAAUCUCUUGAAGCACAUAAUUACUUUGUGUCAGGUUGGGUACAACAAGUGUUCUAUACAACCACAACAAGCGGAUUGGUCCUAUUGAAGGCAGACGUCAAGCCAUCGCAACGACUGAACAAUGAGCCACAUCAUCCAUGGGUUGUAGUGAAAAAAGAUGGAAGUGUAGUAGCAGCACAUUGCAACUGUAUGGCAGGGUAAGUAGUACUAUUUUAGUAUUAAGCACAGAGUAUGUGGUGUAGGUGGAAUCAUGUAGACAUGUUUUAUUAAAAUAUUUUAAAACCACAACAAACACAAAUUUAAAUAGCUUUUAUGCAAUCGCCAUGUUUCAUAAAAAUCAUUAAGGUCAAAAAUAACUUUUUAAAAUUUUAAAAAAAAAUGAGGAAUGAACAAUUUAAAAAUAAAACCCUUCCGACAGUGAAAA